AUGACGUCUCCGGUUCCUGCUGACAUCCCCACGGAGACCGGUGCUCCUUCACGGAGCCCUUCCAAGCUAGAUUUUGACUUCCUUCCCGCGGCAGUCACCUCCAACCCUUAUUUCGCCGCCGGUGGAGGACUAAUGAUACUUGGUGGCUCACUGGCUAUUCUGCGGAAAUCGGUCUCAUCGCUUGCAAGUUUGGCUUACCGUCGAAUGCUUGUCGACCUGGAGCUCAGAAGCAGUGAUAAAUCUUACGACUGGUUUCUACAUUGGAUGUCCAACUACAAAAAAACCUCGUCUCGACAUUUGAGCGUCCAGACCAAGUUUGUCCAGCACCCUAACGGGUCUAUCUCCACAGGGUUCACGUUCGUGCCCGGACCCGGUAAUCAUUGGCUCAAGUAUAAUGGUGCAUGGUUUUACGUGAAGCGCGAACGAUCUGAAAGAGUGCACAACUCGGGAAUACCGAUGGAAACCAUCACGCUCACUACACUGUUCAAAGACAAGUUUCUGCUGGCGUCGAUUCUGGACGAGGCUCGUGCCAUGGCCAUGAAGCUAGCCGAGGGAAAGACCGUGAUCUUCAAGUCGUGGGGCCAGGACUGGCGGCCGUUUGGACAGCCCCGGAAGAAGCGAUUGAUGCAGUCGGUGGUUCUGGACGAAGGAGUCAAGGAAUCAAUUGUCAACGAUGUUAAAGAAUUCUUACAGUCUGGAAAAUGGUACCACGAUAGAGGUAUUCCUUAUAGACGGGGGUAUUUGCUUUAUGGGCCUCCAGGGUCGGGAAAGACCAGUUUUAUCCAGGCAUUGGCCGGAGAGCUUGACUAUAACAUUGCCAUAAUGAACAUCAGUGAACCGAACCUGACCGACGACAGAUUGGCAUACUUGAUGAACAACAUUCCGGAGCGCACGAUUCUGCUGCUCGAGGACAUCGACGCGGCAUUCAACAAGCGUGAACAGAAUAGAGAGCAGGGGUACGUUGCAGGAGUCACGUUCAGUGGCCUGUUGAACGCGAUCGACGGAGUCGCCUCGGCGGACGAGAUUCUCACGUUCAUGACCACCAACCACCCUCAGAAACUGGACCCUGCGCUGCUCAGACCGGGCAGAAUCGACUAUAAGGUGCUGAUCGACAACGCGUCAGACUACCAGAUCAAGCGCAUGUUCCUGCGGUUCUUCCCUGACGCGGAGGACAAGGCAGACGAGUUCUUGGCCAAGCUGAAACAGCUCGAGCUGCCGUACGUGAGCACGGCUCAGUUGCAAGGUCUGUUUGUGCAGUUCAAAGAGAGCCCUGAUGUGGCACUGCAGAACAUUGACAUCCUGAAGCAACCGCACAUAAACAAUUUCUUUUAUGAAUGA